AGUCCACCAUGAAGCAUCUCGCUCCCCUGCUUCUCCUCGUCGCUGUCCUCCCACAGGCAAAACUCUGUGAUAGCAGCCGCUGCCUCCGCUCUGCGAAAAAGGAUGUCCUCAAAAUGCUGUUGACGUGGGAAGAGGAUUCCUGCUCUCCCAACCUGCCAGGGCUGCUUGAGAAACUUCCCCGAAGCUGCAAAGAAAUCAAGACUUCCCAAGAAGGGGCCACAGAUGGAUUGUAUUUCCUGGCCACGGAAGACGGCGAGCUCUACCAGACCUUCUGUGACAUGACCACCAAUGGAGGAGGAUGGACUUUGGUGGCCAGCGUCCACGAGAACAAUAUGUAUGGGAAAUGCACCGUGGGGGAUCGCUGGUCCAGCCAACAAGGCAGUGAUGUCAAUUACCCAGAAGGAGAUGGGAACUGGUCCAACAAUUCCACCUUUGGGUCAGCCAUAGCUUCAACAAGCAAUGACUACAAGAAUCCUGGCUAUUAUGACCUUGCAGCAGGAGAUCUGUCCAUAUGGCACGUCCCAAACAAAACCCCCAUGAAAGAAUGGCGAGAUGCUUCACUCUUCAGAUACCAUACUGAAACUGGGUUCUUGGCUGAGGAAGGAGGCAACCUUCCCAGGCUCUACCAGAAAUACCCAGUGAAAUAUGGAAUUGGCAGCUGCCGAACAAAUAACGGCCCAGCUAUACCCAUUGUCUAUGAUGCUGGUGAUGCCAAGAAGACCUCAGACUAUUAUUCUCCAUCUGGGCGGGGCGAAUUUGUCCCUGGCUAUGUUCAGUUCCGAGUCUUUAAUAAUGAGAAAGCUGCCAUGGCUCUGUGCUCGGGAGUGAAAGUCACAGGAUGCAACACAGAACACCACUGCAUUGGUGGAGGAGGCUUUUUCCCGGAAGCAAAUCCUCAGCAGUGUGGCGACUUCACUGGCUUUGCCUGGAACGGCUAUGGGACCCACAGAGACUGGAGCGUUUCCAAAGAACUCAUUGAGGCGGCUGUGCUGAUCUUUUAUCAUUAAUUCAAACAAAUGCUGGUGCUGUAAAAAAACAGACACAUCAGAGCCACAACCCUGAGAAUGAAACACUUUUCUUUAAUGGCAUUGAAAUUAAAAAGCAAACUAAGCCAGGAGGGAGCAGAAGGUAG